GACAUAAGUGUCAAACAUUUAGGUUUAUUUUAGGUUUUCGUUUUAUAAUUUGGAAUCAAAAUUCAAGUAACCGACCCAAAAUGGGUAGAAAAAUAGGGCCCGGUCCAGGGGCGUACUUACUUCCUCCAACUGUGGGCUAUAACCAACACGACCCCUCCCGCUACCGCAUGCCCAUGUAUUCGUUCGGUGUGAAGCCGCCCCUGCACUUCGGGUCGAGAGGCCCCGGGCCCGUCUAUCGGAUCGAGAAGAUGACUCGCGAAGGCAUUAUAUCCGCCCCUGCCUGGAGCCUGGGGGCUAGGUUUCCAACGCGCACAAUAACAACAGCUCCUGGCCCGGGAGCCCACGCGCCCGAGCUUUGCCCAAUAUUCAAGGAGUUCAGACCGCCUAUGUACUCGAUGGGGGCCCGCUUUGGUACCGACUUCAGGCGAAUAGGCCCCGCCCCUAACGCCUACAGCGUGCUCGGGAACAAACCGUACCCCGCCUACAGCAUGGGCGCCAGACUUGGUACCACUGUGAAAGUCCGUAGUCCGGGACCUGCGGUGUACUACCAGCAGAAUAUAGCUAUGUAUAAGUACAAAGCACCGAGCUACUCGCUGGGCGGGCGGCGCGAGUCCGGUAAGUACUCGCGCUCGCCCGGACCCGCCGCCUACCCGCCUGAUCUAUACAACACAAAGAAGAGUGGAUUCUCAUACUCAUUCGGUAGAAAACACGGCGAUGACUGCCCACCUAUGAUCACAGAUGCAGACAGCAUGGAAUGUUUGUGAAGAUAUUCGUCCUCAAAAAUUUAUAACAAACAUAGAGCAAAUUAUAGUAUUGUUCCAUUUUAGCGGAGCGGGCCGACAAAAAUUUAUACAAGUAUUCGUGUCAGAGUGCGUGUUUGGUCAUAAAACUCACAUGAAAGAUGCGAACCGCUGCGCCCCGUCACAAUUUGUGAAGCUGUUUUUUUUUACAUACAAAUGGCAACAAAGUUUUUCAAAUAAAUUGA